AUGGACCCCAGAGCAGGAAAUGCCAGCAUGGAGCCUCCCAGCAUUGCACCCUCCGCGCAGGGCUGUGCCUGGAGUCCCCCUGAGGAGAACAGUGAGGAGCCCCUGCACCUGCCCACCUUCUCCCCUGCCGCCCAGGUGCGCGUGGCAGUCACCUUUGCCCUAUUCACCCUCUCUGCUGGCUGCAACCUGGUGGUGCUGCUGGCUGGGGGCCGGGAGGGCAGCCAGCGGAACAACACCCCCCGGGCUCGGCUGCGGAUGCUUCGGAUGAGCCUGGUCAUCGUCUCCUCCUUCAUCCUCUGCUGGACCCCCUACUACCUGCUAGGACUCUGGCACUGGUUCUGUCCCCACACCGUGGAGAAGAGGGUCUCGCCAGCCCUCACCCACAUCCUCUUCAUCUUUGGCCUCUUCAACGCGUGCCUGGACCCCAUCACCUACGGGCUCUUCACCAUCCCCCUCCGAAGGGGCUGGGGCU